CUGAUCAGGUGUAUGGAGACCAGGACAUGCAUGAAGUGGUCAGGAAACACUGUAUGGAUUACCUGAUGAAGAACGCUGACUAUUUCUCCAACUACGUGACAGAGGACUUCACCACAUACAUCAACAGGAAGAGGAAAAACAAUUGCCACGGCAACCACAUCGAGAUGCAGGCGAUGGCUGAGAUGUACAACAGACCGGUGGAGGUGUACCAGUACGGCACCGAGCCAAUCAACACGUUCCACGGCAUCCACCAGAACAACGACGAGCCAAUCAGAGUGAGCUACCACCGCAACAUCCACUACAACUCUGUGGUCAACCCCAACAAGGCCACGAUCGGGGUCGGACUGGGACUGCCGGCCUUCAAACCGGGGUACGCCGAUCAGUCUCUGAUGAAGUCGGCCAUCAAGACGUCGGAGGAGUCGUGGAUCGAGCAGCAGAUGUUGGAGGACAAGAAGAGAGCGACGGACUGGGAGGCCACCAACGAGGCCAUCGAGGAGCAGGUGGCCCGGGAGUCGUACCUGCAGUGGCUGCAGGACCAGGAGAAGCAGGCCCGACAGCCGCGUAAGGCCAGCGCCACGUGCAGCUCGGCGACGGCAGCGGCUUCCAGCGGACUGGACGACUGGAGCGCCCGGUCGCCACGGCAACGAGACUCAGACCCCUCCCACUCGGACCUCACUACCGCCCCGUCGUCCAACAGCAGCAACAAGCCCCCCUCCCCCGCAGGAGCCGCCCUCAUCCUGAGCAAGCCCCCCUCCCCCUGCGCGCCAGGUCCCAGUAAUCAGAGUCGCCAUCAUUUGGAGUACAGAGCCAUCAUGCAGGAGAUGUCGCCCACAGCCUUUGGUCUGACAGACUGGGAGGACGAUGAGAUCCUGGCCUCGGUGCUCGCCGUCUCUCAGCAGGAGUAUCUGGACAGCAUGAAGCACCAGAGCUCCUCCAUGCAUCGAGAGAGGGAGCCGUCCCCCGACAGCAGCUGAUGACCAGCCGAAACACAAGCACACACAAACAAACACAACAAUGACCUUGACCUCCUCUCCUGCCUCACCCUCCAACCCCCCCUGAACCCUCACCCUCACCUCUGCCCCUCAGAAGGAGAUCGACCAGGGAAAAAAACAAACAUCAAACAAAGAAAUGCACACUUGUUUUUUGUUUUUCAGCUCAUCCGCUCUUCAUCAUUUCCUCUCCUUUAUCCUUCCCCGUUUCCUUCCCUCCUUUCUACUCCCGUCUCAUCACCUUUCCUUCUCCAUGACACCCUCAUGGUCACCGCUCAGAGGAGCUCAGUCUUAAAGCUGAUUCGAGGUCAGUUAUGACAUCAGACACCACGUCGAGCAGCCUCGACUUUUGAAGUAUGUUCCGUUAGCUCUGUGGCUAAUGAUGUCAUAGGAUUCAAUAGGGAAGGCUAAUCAGCACUUAAAAAUGGUGAAGUGUAUGUCGGGGAUCUUCAUGCUACGAGAGCGAGCCGUCACCUGAAGUCUUACGUUAUUACCAUCUUAGCUCACCGCGGUUUCCAGGUCCAACGAGAUGCGUUGCUGCUAGCUUAGUUAGAGAUAGCGUUAUGGUUUUCUGAUGAGUCCAACUCCUCUUGUAGCUCCUGCUGGCCGCCUUCUUCUUUUUCUUUUUGAGGAAUAGUAGCCCCAUGCUUAUCAAAAAGUUGAAUGCUAAAGGUACCAGGGUUGUCACGCUAACAGAUUUUUAAACUUUGAUACAAAUACUACAACAAAUCAAAAUGAUAUCGAUGCCUGUUUUGUUACCACGGCAACAAAAAGAAAAGCCCCAGACAUCUAUCACUGCAUCACCGGAUUCUUGUUUUAAAUCACCAAAAGGAGACAGACUCUAGUGGACACUGGAGGAACUGCAGCUGUAAAGAAAACAGUUUUGUCUACAGCAACAAAAAGUCCUAGAUGCACAUUAUUGGGAACUAUCUUUCACACGGUCUAAAUUGGCACCCUUUGGGUAUCCAAUCGUUGCCAACGUGUUUGUGUCAUUUAGAGGUGCAGGAAUACGCCUGCAAUGUUUGUUGCGUUCUUUCCUCCCCUGUUCCACCCGUCAAAUGAAGAAGUCAUUUUGUAGUUUUUUUUAAAGCUUCAGCACUUUUUCGAUACUACCGGAUCAGUAAAAUAAGAUUAUUUUGUUUUAAAAACGCGUUGUAUCAAAGUGUUGACAACCUUAGUUACAGGCUAACAACCAGAUCAUGUGGUCAUCGUCCUCACCGCUUCCUGAGGCCGUCACUCUCACCAAACGCCAGCCAGCAGCGACGUCACGCUCCUGCUUCUUUUCUCUUCCUCCUUUUUCGUCUUCCUCCUCCUCUCCUCCCUCCACAUCACCUCCAUCAUCAUCAUCAUCAUCAUCGGACUUAUUUAGCUGCAUGUUUAAUUGACCACGACCAAUAUCAUCAUAGUGAGAAAAAAACGACAAAUAAAAAAAAAAAGAAAAUUU